AUGGAACUGGCCUCUGGCAGGCUUCACUCUGACUUGGCGGUCCGCGCGACGCUAAGCCAGGCCGUGGCGUCUUCAGAGAACGAGAAGCAGAGCACCGCCAAAGCUGCAGCCGAUCGCGGGGCGGCUUUGAAAGACGCCAAGACUGCCCGCGACCACUGCCAAGAGCUGGAGGAUGAGCUGAAGAGCCUGCACGACAAGCACGCCGAUGAAGCACGCGGCCGCCUGGUGAAGGAGGAAGAGAUGAAGGCCCGGGAGGACGCCGUCAAGAACCGUGACGCUGAGCUAGAGGAGAUGGGGAAGACGCAGGCCGCUGGGCGCAGCCGGCUAGAAGAGCUGGAGCAGAAGGUGAAGGCGAGGGAGGCCGAUCUCGACGCCAAGGCGCGGGUCUUGGCCGAAGACCGCAUGGCCUUUGCCUAUCUCGAGGAGAGGUCCCGCAAGGUCUCGUGGAGGCGUUAA